AUGUACUCUAAAGUUUACAGAAGGCACAAAAAUCUAUCUAGACAAGAUGAGAAGCAGCUGAGUGUACAAAUGGAUAAAUCGCAUUAUUAUCCACAUUUUUAAAAAUUAAUUAUCUCGAUAUUUUCCAAAAUUUAAUAUGACCAUUGGUAUCCAUUUCAAAUUGGUUUACAUAUCCCCUUUCUGCAUUUAACCAUUUUAAAUGCAUUUAAAACACAGAGAUGGUAAUAAAAACAUGAUUUUGUUUUAAAGAAACGAAAAAAUAAACAUCGUUGUAAAACCAAUACAUUCCUGGUUUCACUCAGAAUCUGAAAUCAAAGAAUUUGAAUUGUCUAGUUGUACUAUAGAGGUGAGGUAACUCUAUGAGUUAUAUGCUUUCUGGAACCCUUUUUUUUUUUAAAUGAUCAAGCGAUUUUUUUUUAAGUAAUUUUUGUAUACAUUUCAUUUCAGAUUUCGUUGAUUAUCUGAUCAUAAGUGCAACUAGACCACCAACUUUCGGGGUGCUAAAAUUAUAGACACAUUAAAGACCCAUGAGAGAUGUACUCCCAAAAUUUCUUUUACAUGACUCUUACAAUAGUCAACUACUGCUUUUUUUUAUAAUUGUAUAAAACGUAUUUUUAAUAUUACUUUUUAUACACAUAUAUAUUAUUGUCUGUAGGAAACCUGUAUUUUUUUCUGCUCAUUAAUCAUAAAAUGCAUAAAUAGAAUAUUUAGUCGUUACUAUGAAAAAGCUGAUUGGGUUUUUUGGGGGGUGUUAAUUUUAAACUUAGGGAUGCUAAAGAUCCACUUGAAUCCUCUAGUUGGGUCUAUGUGUCUGAUUUGAUUUGAGUCUGUGUAUUAUAUUGUAGUAACCGUGACAAGCACUCUGUAUACGUCCGGGUCGUCCAGUAUUAUUGUUGUGAACAUAGUGUACUAUAUAUAUCUCCGGGAAAUAGGUGUUUUGAGAACAUUUCCCGUAUAUUAAACGCGGCCCUUCAAAACGCGAGCGCUUCUGCGCAUCACGUGUAAGCAUUGUGUGUAAGGGGGUGUUUGUACGCAUCACGGAGGUAGUAAAUGGAUUGUGUAUAAUAUAAUAUUAUAAAUGUUAUGGGAUAGGAACAGACGGGGGUGGUCGGCGGGACUGGGGGUGGUGAGGGUCAUGACGCCGGCAGGCCGGGGACGCAGGCGGAAGAGGAAGAGGAGGGACAACAAAAGAGACGAAGAGCUUUUUGGUCGUGUAUAACUGAUUAUUGGACCUUAAUGGAAACGGCCAUUUGUCGAAAACGGUCUAAACCCGCUGCCGUGGUUGCCCAGGAGACCACGUCGCCGUGGAGCAGCAGCAGUCUGGCGAAGGUGUUGAGAACUUUUACACGAGGUGCGGUGUAA